GUGUGCUUUUAGACCUGAGCGACGUCAUCACCAACUCUCUAGUGCUCUCUACUACCUUCACAGCAGACAUACAAUUGCAGCGAUGGCAACGGCAAGGCUUCGCAGAGCGUUUCGCUACCCUGACGAUUCAGGCGAUGAAGAGCACAGUCGGGAGGAGCUGGACGAAGAAGAGCAGGAACGUGUGAUAGAGCAGCUGAAAGCACUGGAUGAGAAGCGGAACUCUGAAUAUAGUAUCGUUUUCGCCGCCAUCCCGCUAUUUUCCAGCUUCGCUUUUAUUGCUUCAAUACUGUCGGGCUCCUCGAGCCUAUCUGAACGAUGCCUUUCUUUGCUCGGUACUCUAUCUUUACUAGUCACAGCUUAUAUCAUGAAGUAUCUCCCACUCGAACGCCCGGAUCCUAAGGGCAAGAGACCAAUGACCACACCGCAUGCUAUGGCGAGCAUCCGGCCAUACAUCUUGCCUGUCAAUGCUGCGAUCUGCGUGCUUCUGGCCCUGGUCUACGCUUCGCAACCCACAACGCAAUCCUGGCUGGAGAUCCAGCCGGUUAUCUACUUGGUUCCAGGAGCAAUGUUUGCGGCUGUCCUAGUCGCACGCAAGGUCAUGCUUUCGGUUGACCUUAAGACUCUUGAGAAUCUCCGCUAUCAGUACAAAGGAGCAUAGAGCAUGCUACAAUUAUACAGCCUUUUUGGGUCAAGCACGGCUCUACGGGCAAUCACCUAACAAGACGCGGGCGACAGUUAUACGCUCAUGGUCUCGAUAUUUCAGCGAGUGUGCAAGACUUAAGUUCGAUCCUGAAUUC